UUGCUACUAGAUUAUACGGGCUCUUGUUAGCGUCGGUCACGAGACAAGCUGUGCAAAUUAUGCAGUCGACGCUCUCGCAGCUAGAGACGAGGAAAUGGACGGACAGACGCGACUCGGCGCAGCUUCUCUUGCUCAGGUCCGUGUUGACCAAGCUCUUUCGGUCGGAAGAGAAGAAGUGGCUGCAGUACAAGAACAAGACUGAGUCGCCUCUCGCCUAUCAGCACGCCACGGCUGCUGGAUUGAUACAGAAGGGAGAGGUCCGUUUGUCGGGCGGAGAAAGUGUUCGUGCGGCGGCCAUGUCGAGCGACUGUCUCGUAGAACAUGGAAGAUUGACGGACGAAAUUCAUCGCUAUUUUGGAAUGCUGGAGAGGAAUCGUGUUCUGUUGAAUAUGGGAGCUCCCAGGACGUUCAACAACAUGAGAGUGGUGAAGGGUGGCAAUGACGUUGGAGAUGGCAGUGACACUGUGACUGCGUGUGAUCUGAGUAGGGCAGUUGUACUUUGUGAUGAGGAUUUAACUCUCUAUCGGAGCUGUUUAAUGUGUGCACACUUUCCUGCCUUGUGCACUCCAGAGUUACCUUCUCCAAGUCCAUGUGCAAUGUUCAACACAAAUGAUGGAAGGCAUCACAGUAAAGAGUAUUUAUCACAGCCUGAUGCGUCGAAAUCUUCUCGUCUUCCAUAUGAGCUUUCUAGUCCUUUUGACGGUCUCUUGCAAGAGUCACCCGCAGGUUUUAGAUCAUCGCCUAAGCUGGCCAGGCCAUCAGCAUUGGAAGACGAUGAUCUUGUAACUGUUGAUGGACUGAAACUGUACGUUAGAAAUCUUUUUAAGCAAACAGAGCAGCAGCAAUUUGCUCAUGAGCGGAAUCUCAGAGAGAUGAAUGGUAGAAGGAAUCCAUCUGAGAUCUUGGCAAAGGAACUGGUAACACAGUUGUCAUUUCUUGAAAGCAACUCACAUCCGUAUUAUCAACUGCAGUCGUUUGUGAACAAAAACGCAUAUGACCAAUGGGCACAGUGGGAAAAGCAGAAGAUCCGCCAUCUAAUCAGUCUCUUUUGGCAAUACUGUUAUCCACGACCAGUCCUGAAAGGUCGUCGACCUAACUAUCACAGUCUCUACCGAAAGCUGCUGUCCAAAGUAGCUAGUUUGCAAACUAAAACUGCAAUGGGGAGACAUCACAUUGUCCUGAAAGACUUGCCACCAUCUAGGCCUCUUUCAGCGAAUGCUACUAGGUUACUUCGAGAAUUCGGUCUACGCUUUGGAGUGGGUGAAAUGUAUAGAAGAUUGGUCUACCUAGAUUACCUUGCUAGACACUUUGAGAAUGACAUCUGGUACAUUCAGCACACAAGUGCUGUUUUAGCAAGUGUGCAAGACCUACUUCCCACAGACUCAUCAAAGAUGGUUAUCACGAAAGAGGAGUUGGAGAUGCUCACGACGUCGGUAGUGCAUUUGCGUCGCGAGGCGGAGCAUUCGCUAACAAGGCUCAAGCGGUUGUUUCCUCAAAACGAUCCUCCCGAAGGACUCGCGUCUCUAAUUGAGCUGUUACGAACAGCACUGUGUGGCUAUCAGUAUGUUGAUCCGGCUAUGGCUUGUCUGUCACUUGACGAAUGCUUACAACGGUAUAUCGUGGAUGGAUUUGCUAAGAGUUACGAGCGGCACAAGACAAUUGCUCAAGCAGAAAUGGGUGUGUGGUCAGUCGUUCAGCCCGUGACUCCAGAGUUGAUCGGUUCAAUUUUGACCUUUAUUCAAGACGAGGUUGCCAGUUAUAAGAACUAUUUUCAUGCUUCUUUCAAAGAAUUUUUUAAUGUUACAAAGUUGGCAGUCACAGAGUUUUAUCGGAUGCUUUGCGACGAUGUGGCGAUAAUGUGCAAGAAAUAUGUUCCGGUUCCCGACCAGUUGGAUUUGGAAAUGCUCAGUCUUGCUUACAAGUUGACAGAACUGGAUGAAAUGUGGUCUGCCAUUAUUACUCCAGAAAUGCAGGUAUGGCGAGAUCAGUUUGUCGAAAAGCUUGCUGACAUGUGGCUGGAUCCUGUUGGGAAUCAACUGUUAGACUGGGUUGUCAAAUCUGUGGCUCAUGAUGAGUGGGAAAUUGUAUCAUUCAGCCUUAGUACUCAGCUUCCUUUGUCAAGUGGUAGAUUGAAAUCGUGUAGUCCUGAUGUUGAUGUCGGCUCACCAAAACCGACAUCGGUUCUUCAACCAUCAAGCAGAUCAGCGUUUACUCGAGUAUCACGAGUGAAAGGUGAAGAUUCGGAAGUACCAUGCUUAGUUCAUCGACCAUCAUCAUACAGCAGUUCCAGUACAAGCCAACGGUCGGGUAGCACUAUAAGCAUGGCAGAUAGUAUCAGAAGUCGCGUGUCGAGCGUAUCGAUUGGAAGACUGUCGGGACCCAAUGACAAUGAACUGAUGGCAUCUUUCGAACAAGCGUCACAGACAGAAUUGCCUCAAUCAAUGUUUGCAAAUAGUACUGGUAUUGAUGCAACUCAGGGACAUGAAACGGAUUCUUCUGAUGGAAAACCAACUAAACUUCUUACGUUUGGAUCACUGGCAUUGGCACAGGGGGAUGAAAUGAAACAGUCUCCAAGUUUUGUUCGUCGCACUCGGUCACUAGCUCAGAGAGAACCGAUCGAUCAAAUAGAGUUACAUCAUGGUGACAGCAAGCAGAGAAAGACAAGUAGAAAACAAUCACAAGCAAGAGGAAUUCCAUUUGACAGCAACUCACUUGUCGAAAGUAAUUCUUUGGAGAACGCUACUCCUGUUGCUAUCAGUGUCAGUCGCCCGUGUUUGUUGAAAUUGAUGUCCAACUUUACUGCAGAUCGAGGUCCUUCACUAGUAGGUGUUCAAUUACAACCGAAUGCAACAUCUGCUAGUGAAUCAACCGGCGCUUUGACAUCACCUCUCACUGUUAAUGCUAAUAAUAGUGUAGAAAAGAAGACAGAGUGUGAGCAUAGUGUGCAGCCACCGUGUGGAUCAAGAUCAUGUAGUCAGAUGCAGACUCAACUAAAAUGUCAGCCAGUUACGAUCAACAGGCAGCAGUCACCUAAAAUUGAUGUUCAACCAGCUACCUUUCCUAGUGACAAUAGCUGUGUAAGUGGAUCUGAUAGGAUUCACCGGUUAGCCGAGACAUCCCUUGAAAUGGCAAACUCUAUAGUGAGAUCGCAGUCAAGUUUGACAGACAGCCUCACGGGAAUAACGGAAGGGACUUUCUGCCCUAUUGAUAAUGCAAGACCAUCUAAGCCACCAAGGCUACCGAUAUCAAGCUCGGUCUUUGACAUCAUCUCUGGACUUAUUCGAAUGGCAAGAUUCAUGGGAAACCUUAAUUGCUUGUUGACACCCAAACCAUCAUCACACAACCAAAAUCAAUCAACCAGUUUAGCUGACGAGUCUCCAAUUUCCUACUUCGAACGUAGCUAUACCUCGACUAAGUAUGAGCAUUCUUUCUUGGAGCACAACUACGACAUCGAAGACGUACUCAGAGACAAACUUGUAGAGUUGUUAAAUUAUGUUCUUAUCGUCUACGCUAACAACAUGCUCUGUACUGAUCUGUGCAUGCUAACAGAGCAGGUAGCUCGGCAUCUGAUCGGUGACGAGGUAUUGAUCAAAAUUCUAGAUUGCAAAAAGGAGCAACUUUUGUGGGGUUGUCGUCACAUGGUGCCAAUAGGCCAACAGCCUAAUGACUAUGACUUUGUCCCCGACUGUCUUCAGUAUGAGAAGGCGGGUCAAAGACACACUCCCAAUAGUGCGUUUGAGAAAGUUUCAGUUGACAUGUGUAUUCGGAUCAAUAAUGUGACGGCUCUUCGUGCUAUUUUGCCUGCAUUACAUGCUCAUUUGAUGGGUAUUGCUAAACAAUCGCUGUUCACACCGGCCGAAUCAACAGCCAGUUUUGACAGUGGAUAUCAUUAUGGAUCUCCUGCACAUGUCGCUAAUGGGUCUCCUUGUUCUCCAGUCAAGCGAAAUCAUGUUUGUCGUGAGGCCAAUGCUAGUCAGCAGUCAAUGACCAGUGCCACGUCAGAUACAUCAUGUCUUCAUAAAAUGGACGAGAGACUUGCCAGGGUUGAAAAGGCUCAGAUCAGGCUGAUGUGUUAUCGAUUGAACCAUUUUGUCAAGCCGUCUCUGAUGCUGCUGUUGUCGCUUACUCUACCGGAAAAGCAAUAUCCGCUUGCGAGACGUCUUGAUCCGAUCUUGAAGUAUCUCUCUCGCCAUCUCCAUGCAGCCGGAAAUUUGUUAUAUCCUCACACAUUCACCAGACUGCUGCAUUGUCUCUGGGACUGCAUUGUUUCUGAUUUCAAGGAGUUUGCAGACAAUUUGCUGAAACGACACAAGUCGCGCAAUUUGGCUCUUUUGUAUCUGAGAGCGAUUGCAUUGUUAGUUGAGUUUUUUCAUGCCGGUGGUGCUGGCCUUGAUAUGGAUGUGCUGGUUACCAAUGCGAAAUACGUAUUUGAACUCCUCGAACUGCAUGCUCUAUCAACUCAGAAACUGAUCGUUGUAUACAAUCAGUUGUCUCAACAGGAGGAAAGUAUCUCUUUGUCCGAUGCUAGUGGAACUCCAUUGCUUGAUGAUCUACGUCACAGUCUGCAUCGACUUCGCAAGUGUUUCACUGGUCGAGAAUUCACGGACACCGUGGUAGCACUGAAAACGAAGAUAGCAACAUCUGUCAAUGCCGAUGACAUGAUGAGCUCGAGCUCGCCACUGAUCACCACACCACCGUCUCGUGCAGUAACUGGCAGUGAGAAUGGUUAUGCUGUACAACUUGGUCAACAGCUGUUAGACGAUGAGGUUAUCCAGCGUGUCGCAAAGCUGGAAGACAAAUCACACCUGCAUGAACCGACUCCUCUUGAAGGCCAGCAUCAGUUUAUUGACAGUACGUCACAUCUCUACAGAUUUGUGACUUAUCAAGACAAAGCCGAUUUGUCGCACUCGUCUUCAUUCUCAUCACAUGGCAGUCAUGAGACAACAGAGAAGAAUUUGUCAGAAACAGAUUCGACAACCCAGAGUGAAACUCACUCAUCAGCAAGGGUCGAUUCUGGUUGUGUUCGUAAAAUCAUCGUGGCUCGAUCUAGUUAUGACAAGUAUGCGAAACAGUUUGUUUGAUCGCUGCAAGAGCAGCAACUACCUAUUUUGAAGUGUCUAUUUUAUGUUGAGCAGAGCAACUAGUUUUUUAAUCUAACAUACUAUCUUGAAUCUUGUAUGUAGAACUUAGAAUUAUCGUAUACAGCUCAAUUCAUUUUUUGAAACUACCA